CUUUUCACCCUUCAAGAUGGUAUUACCUUCUAUCAGCUGGUAUCUUUGGAGCUGAAUACAAGUAAAAGUGAAUGGUCGAAACUACUUGCGCGCAUGCUCGAUAGUUCUCCUAAAUUGCAAAUCCUCAAGCUCGUCAACAUCGCAUAUUUGUACCAUGACAACAAAGUAUCCACUUUUCCAUUGGCCGGGGAUUGGGAGCAACGUCCUAAAUGUGUACCAGAAUGUUUGUUGUUCCAUCUUGAGACACUCAUGUGGACAGGAUACAUAUGGGAUCGUAAAGAUGAUAGAGAAGUGGCAACAUAUUACAUUUUAAAGAACGCAAGACACUUGAAGAAAGCAACCUUCUACACAGAACCCAUACAGCUGGAAUAUUUCCAAACGUUGGAAGAGAAACAUGAGAUGCUCAACGAGUUGGCUAGUGUAGUUAGGGCUUCAAGUUCAUGUCACCUCGUCUUCGAAUCAUCCAACUAAUCUCUUAAACUCUUCCAGCGAGUUUGAAUAGAUUUCAGUUUUUAGCUAAUAAAUAAGUUUUAAGAUAUUUUGGCGAAAAUCAAACAAUUAAUAACUUUUCAACAGUUUCCUCCAUUUCAUCGACACCGUUUAACACCGUCUUACACUGCAUGCCAGCAUGCGCCUUCCAUCUGACAUAUCCCGUAACGAGGCUUUACGACAGCCACAUAGGCCUAUCCAUGUUUCUCAUGUAACGAAAAAGUGACGUGAAAAAUGGCUUGUUUGUCUCAUGAGUAAACUUCAACCGGCAGUUACCAUUGAACGGAGUGGACAUAGGAUGCCACGCACGCUCCAAACGGUACAAGCAUGGCAUCUGCGGCACUUGAUGCUCUCCCACAAACUCAAAAUAGUCGGCCAUAGUUAUAUGCGAAUCAAUAUGGUAAGGAAGGACACUUGCUACACCAUUUAGAUCAUGAAGCGCAAGUGCGGCCUGAAAAGCUCUCUGAGCCUACUCAUAUACGAGGAUAAAUGGAUAUAUCUGUUGCAUAAAAGGAAAGUAAUUCAUCAGACUUACAAUUUCUAUCGCCACACAUCAGAAAGGAAAGAAAGAAAAACUAUCAAAGAUGUUAUUACCUGAAGUAGUUGUAUGCAUCUUUAGUCUCAAGAAACUCCAUUGAGAAAGAACGUUCCAAGCGAGCCCUGAUCUCCAUUGGAGAAAUCAAAACCGCCUUUGUGAUGUGAUGGACUCCACGUCUUCCCCUCGUCCCUGUCUAGAGCUACCACCACCCCAUCUUGACUGCUCCUGUCAAGUGAUCUAAGUCAUCUAACGACCUUUGAACCAUACAUUCUCCUCCGUUUUCUAGAUUCAGAUACUUGGGAUCUAUUGAUUUUCCUUUCUACUAAGUUCUUUUUAUUUUCCUCAAAAUAUCAUUUGAUAUUUUUUUUUAGGGAAAAUUGCAUAUAAAACCUUGAAAGUAUCACUUACUAGCACUUUAAACCUUGAAGUUUUUUCACUAACACUUUUAACCUUCAAAGUGCAUUUUUAUCAUAAAAAAUCUUCAAAGAAGAAAAAUGAUCGGCUGAACAGGUUAAAAACAGUUUU